AUGGCUCCACUGGGUAUCGCCAUUGUUGGCAGCGGCAUCUUUGUCCGCGAGCAGCAUCUGCCUGCUGCCUUGGCCACUCCUCUCCUCACAAUCAAGGCCAUAUGGUCCCGGUCUCUAAGCUCGGCGGAGCAGGCGGCCAAGCUCAUUCCCGAGGGCAGUCAGGCUGCUGUGGACCUCUACUCGUCGGACUCGGGGCCAGGUAAAGGCUAUGAUGACCUUCUGAAGCGCUCAGACAUUGUUGGCGUCAUCCUAGCCCUUCCCAUUCCGGACAUGCCCGCCUAUAUUGAGAAAGCACUUGCUGCUGGCAAACACGUCCUUGGAGAAAAGCCUAUUGCGCCCACAAUUGGCAAGGCGCUCGAGCUUGUCGAGUACUACAAGAAGGUCUCGGCAGAUGCGGGCGGCCAAGCAGCCACUUGGUCGGUGGCUGAGAACUUCCGCUUCAUCCCAGCAUACGACUAUGCUGUCGAGCAGAUCAAGACUCUAGGCAAGAUGACUGCUUUCCAUGUCAAGGUCUGCAACCUCAUGGAGGAGUCCAACAAGUACUAUGGCACGGCGUGGAGAGCCAAGCCAGAGUUUCAGGGUGGCUUCAUCCUCGACGGCGGUGUCCACUUCACCGCCGCCUUGAGAAAGCUGCUUGGGGAUGAAAACUCUGUGCAGAGCCUGUCCGCUUACACGGCUCAGGUCCGGAGCUGGCUACCUCCUGUAGACUCUGUCCAUGCCGUGCUCAAGGCCAAGUCCGGAGUCAUCGGCACCUACGUGCAGUCUGCGGGCUCGAGCGCUGGGUCUUUCCAGUUCCAGAUCGUGUGCGAGAACGGCGUUGUCGAGGCCGAGAGCAGAAAGUGUGUCGUCAUCCGGGGCCACGGUGCCGACGCCAAGCGCGAGGAGAAGGAUUUCACGCCCACGUUUGGCGUCAAGGAGGAAGUCCAUGCCUGGGGCGAGGCCCUGCAAACCGGCAAGCCCAACCCGGCACAAUCACCGGAGCAGGCUGUUGCGGAUCUCGAGCUCAUCGAGAAGAUGUUAAACAGUGGUCAGCAGGGCGGCUCGUCUCAGAGUACAGAGUAUCAAUAG